GAGCUCGAAAGCACAUUAUGUUACAUUUAACUCCCGUGUCUGAUUAAAUGAUUAUUAUUUUGGCAUGUUCUGGGCGCAAAUCUACAUUUGUUAGGACUAUUGUUUGCUAUUGUUACACAAGGAAGGAUUUCGAGUGGAAUAUAGAGCUAAGAUUGAAUUAAUUGAUCACUAAAUAGGAUAUUUAUUAUUGCAAUAUGGAGGUUUUUGGCCAGAACAAGUCCCAGAUUAACACCACCAUUCCGACUGAAAACUGGACAUCUGUAUACUCUGUAGUUCGAUGUAUUCAAAUGACAAUGGCCGUCCUAAGCAUUUUAGGUGCUGGCUCCAUAAUCGCAUAUGCCGUUUAUAAAAGACUCGUAAGAAAACCAGAGGUGCUGCCGUUAUUCUUGUUAAGUUUAACAGACCUGCUGUUAGCUUUGAGUUGGAUGGUUGGUCUUCUCUUCACCCAGAACUGUGACGCUUACGACAUCUGCUACAACCUGCACAUAGUGGAACAGACUCUGUAUAUGGCCUCCUUCUUUUACACGCUGCACUAUGUUUGGGUGCUCUAUGCCGGACUGAGCAGGAAAUAUUACAGGAGACUGAAUGGACUCCCAGCCGAGAAUCCAUCAAGAGCAAAAAACUGCAGAUGUCUGGCCCCAGUACUGUCAUGUCUUUUGCCUUUAAUGCUCACGGCGCCCGUCUUUGUGGCAGGAAAUGUGUUUCGUUGUUACACAAACUUCACCAAGCCGUACAGAUGUUUGCUGAUGCACACAGGGGCUGUUUAUCUCACCUCUUAUGUGACAACAGAAGUCACAGCAUGUGUUGUCAUUCAGAAAUACUGCAUGGCCAUUUUCCUCGCUACCUUCCUGUUGACCUUCAUCGGCAUCAUGAUUCUGAUGUGUAAAGCUCGCUCCCUGUACAAGCGUGUCGUCACGUCUCAGGGUUUUUUCGGUGACCAUCAUUGGGCAACUCUACGCCUCCUGGAGCGACGCAUGCUGCUGUAUCCCUCUGCCUUCUUCUUCUGCUGGGGACCGGCAAUAUUACUGGCCACUAUGAUGUUGGUGAAUCCGGAUGUAAUAGAGGGAAGGAUGGGAGUCGUUCUCUACAUCAUACAGGCCUUCACCUCUGCAUCUCAGGGUCUGUUGAACUGCCUGGUUUACGGCUGGACGCAGCAACACUUUCGCUCUCUCAGCAGCAGCGCCGUACGAGACGCCAACACCCAGACUCCCCUGUUACGCUCCCAGAAACGAAACUAUGCCGCUUUGCGUUCUGCUGCGUCACUCACUAAUUUUGUCUGACGCACAAGUACUUUUAUGCACUGGCCAGAUGCUUUAAACAUCAAGAUUUUACCAGUAUAUGUGUUCCUUAGGAAUCGAACCGAUGAGAUACUGGAGGCAAUACAACACACACUGCUGUGUCAGAAAAACUCUUCUCGUGAAGACCAAAAACAGCUAAAUAUCUGUGUGCUCCUUCAUGCGUGAAGCUCAACAGACCUGUUUGGUUUUGAUGUCACAGCUGAAGAAGUUUGUCUCGCUGUUAUUUUACUAACACCAGAUGGCAGAUAUGGAUGCUCACAAACUGCAAAAGCUAGCUAAACAUUUUUUUCUACCUUGGUUUUUGUCAUGAGAUUUCAGAAGCUGCAGCUGCUUAUCAACUUCAAGAAACCGUUUUAUCAUCCAGCUUCUAAAUUUUGUUUUGACGUGCUCGAGAGUUUCAGGUCACGGCGCUCUAGUGACAUGUAAAAAAGGGAAAGACCAAAGGGGGAUUACAGCCAGAGGGAAAUAGCUCUGAAACAGGAUCUGAGAGGACAAAGCUGCUGCUUUCCAUCCAAAAACAAUGCUCUGAACCCUCCCACACACUACGCUGGUGUCAGUUACAGCUGAGGGAGGAUGACACAAAUAAUUUCCUCUUCAGAAACAAUGUACAAAUAUAUGUGAGUGGUGCUUCUCAAAGGCUAUUACUGCUGAAGAAUAUGCUCUGCUGAUGAGAAAUAAUUUGCAUGUACUUGUCAAGAUAACAGCACUGAACUAUGGGAAUAAGCUUUUUGCUUGGAAUGAGGUCAUGGACAACUUUGAGAUAUAAAGGAAAUAUGUAGAAAUAUUGAUUUGCAGGAUUGGAAAUGUAUUAAAUGAAUAAACUCUUCUGACUCUGAAA